AUGGGCGAGCUGCUACCCCAGAAAGAUGGGUUUGACGUGGAACACGUCCUCCGAAACGCCACAAUCGGGGAAAAGGUGUCGCUUCUUGCAGGCGAGGACUUCUGGCACACAGUACCCCUGCCAAGGUUCAAUGUCCCGUCAGUCAGGGUGAGCGACGGCCCAAACGGCGUACGAGGCACAAAGUUCUUCGAUGCGGUUCGCGCGGCCUGCCUCCCCUGCGGCACUGGCCUGGCCGCCACAUGGGACCAGGCUCUACUAUAUGAGGCAGGCAUCCUCAUCGGCCAGGAAUGCAAGGCCAAAGGUGCUGCGUGCUGGCUAGGGCCUACAGUUUGCAUCCAGCGCUCGCCGCUUGGAGGCAGAGGCUUCGAGUCCCUAUCAGAUGACCCAUAUGUCACUGGUAAGCUGGCCGCAGCCUAUAUCAAAGGAGCACAAUCCACUGGAGUUAUAUCGACUAUCAAGCAUUUCGCCGCGAAUGACCAGGAACAUGAACGUAUUAGCGUUAAUGUCACAGUUAGCGAGCGUGCCCUGCGAGAGGUUCACCUCCUGCCCUUCCAGAUUGCUAUUGCAGAUGCAUCUCCAGGGGCAGUUAUGACGUGCUAUAAUAAGAUUAAUGGCCAACAUAUCUCGGAGAGCAAGGAGAUGCUGACCGAUCUUCUACGGAACGAGUGGGGAUGGAAGGGCCUGAUCAUGAGCGACUGGUUCGGCACUUACUCAACCGCAGAGGCCAUCAAUGCUGGCCUUGAUCUGGAGAUGCCUGGACCCCCAAAGCAACGAGGGGCCUUGGUGGACCUUGCUAUCUCGAGCCGCAAAGUUUCCCGCACAACGCUCGACGAGCGGGCGAGGAAUGUGCUUGAGUUUGUACAGCGAGCCAGCAGAGUUGAUGUGGCGGAGGAGGAGAGCACCAGGGACUUUCCCGCGGACCGCAGGCUUAACCGGAAGCUGGCGGCUGACAGCGUCGUUCUCCUGAAGAACGAAGCUAGCUUACUGCCUCUGAAUCAAAAGUUGCUCAAAAGCAUCGCCUUGAUCGGGCCAAACAUGAAGACGUCGGCCUUCUGCGGCGGAGGUUCAGCGGCCCUCCAGCCAUAUUACACCACUUCGCCUUACCAGGGUAUCGUCGACCAACUUCCGGACGACGUCGAGGUCAUAUAUGAGAUCGGUGCCAAUUCGCAUACCUUUCUCCCAGAGUUGCAAGCUCCAGACAUACGCACGCCCGAGGGACAACCUGGGAUCCGCAUGCGCUUCUACCGAGAUGCGCCCUCAACCCAGGACCGGCCUGUCAUCGAGGAGAUCGUCGUUCAAGAGUCAUCGUGGCAUCUCAUGGGCUACUCUAACCCGCAACUCGAGAAACUAUUCUACGUCGAUAUCGAGGCGGAGUUGAUUGCCCCUGCAACCGGCUCUUUCGACUUUGGUGUCGCUGCAUACAAGAUCAAGGUGCAAUUCGUCAGUGGUCCUUCAUCCAAACUUGUCAAGCCUGGUGUUGUGAACUUUGGUGGCGGUGCGGGUCGCUUGGGUAUGAUCCAAGCCGUCGACCCGGAAUUGGCUAUCGCACGAGCCGUCGAGGCUGCGAAGCGCGCAGACGCCACCGUCAUCUGUGGCGGACUGAGCCGUGACUACGAGUCAGAAGGGUUUGACCGGCCUCUUAUGGACCUUCCCUCCAGCGUCUCUUCUUUGAUUACCGCUGUUCUCGCCGCCGCGCCCAAUACUAUUAUCAUCAGCCAGAGUGGCACGCCAUUCAAUAUGCUUCCUUGGGCAGAUCAUGUUAAGACACAUUUGCACGCCUGGUUCGGCGGCAACGAGCUGGGUAACGGCAUUGCAAAUAUCUUAUUUGGUACCGUUAACCCUAGUAGAAAGCUGCCUCUUUUAUUCCCGCGAAGAGUCGAAGAUAUACUAACAUACCUUAACUUUAGAAUCAGUCUGGCUGGAGCUGAGACAGUCCAGCUCUAUAUAGCUGCAGAUACUACGAUAUCAUCUAUUCCACAGCCAGUCAAGGAGCUUAAAGGUUUUUCAAAGGUCGAUUUACAGCCAGGUAAGACGCGUCGUAUAGAGAUACCAUUUGACCGAUUUACUACGGCGUUCUGGGACCAGGAGCUGCAUACCUGGGUUUGUGAAGCUGUGCGGUACAGGGUCUUGCUUGGGCCGAGCAGUGACAGAAUUUUAUUGGAAGGCGUGCUUGAGGUGGACAAAACAACAACCUGGUCUGGCCUAUGA